AGCGACGAUAGGACCCACAUUGUGGGGUAUCGUCGCUUGACGGGCUUAUCGCAACGUCAUUGGGUAGCAGCGCGGCACUUCCGGUCCACUCCCGGUCAACAGCCAACGUUAACCGCAUACACAAGGCGGUGACUGACUGGCUGAAUUUCCUCGUCGUUGCUUCUUUCAGUUCAACAUGCGUUCUCUUCGUCCUCUGUAUACUGCAUUGCCAUGAUGAUGGCGCACACCAGCCGUGACAAUCACCAGGCCUUGAGGCGUACCACGACAUCCACCGUUUGCUUGCGUUGCCCUUUCCAGCCUCUCUCGUUGCACAACGUGUGCUUGUAAUCGCUUCAGCAUGCAAGGAAUCGCACAUCACGUCACUGUCUAUAUUCACUUCCCUCACACCAUCACCAUCCCCGCACCAGGCCAUCGCCGCCAAUAUCAAAUCCAUUGACGCAAGCACCGCCUCUGCUGACAGCAGCUGUACCCUGUAACCUCUACGUAGCAUGUCGGACCACACCUCACCCUUUGAGGGCUCUGAUUCACCCUCACGACAGCGAAGUCCUACACCAGGCGAUCCCAAAUACCACUACGAAAGCCUCAAUGACAUAGGCAAAAGUUCUGCCACUAGUGCACCCUACACCAGACGUCGUCCAUCUCGCACCAGUUCGGGCUCGAAAGGCACCCCGCCUUCAGCCUCACCGCCCCGUGGAGACGACCAUGACGAGAGCGAACAGCGGAAUAAACCGCCUCGCAACACUUUGAAGAAGCUCCUGAGACGCGACUCGCACCAUACCGAUACGGGAUCGACGUCACAAGGCAAACAGGAAGAGCUGGAUGAGGACGGAAGCACCAUCGGCUACAUGCCCAGGCUCGGCCAGAUAAAAGAGAGCAAGAGCAAAGUCAGCACACGAACAAGACGUCGAGGAAGCUCCGUUGUCAGCUCCUCAGCCGAUGCGAAGGUUCUCCGUCGCCGGCAUACUGGCGACAACGCUGUGAAACGCUCUCACACACGUGAUAAAAGAAGCUCAUUGCAGCGGCAUGCUGGGAACAUGGCCAACAUGUCAGAUCCCUCUCUUGUCUCGAGUGUGACGCAACAGUCAGAUGUCUCAGGUGACAGCAAUUCGACAGUAUUGCAGAGGCCGUACAGCGGAUAUGACCAAGUCGCCCAAUAUCUAGAGCCUGAUGAAAGCCAUAGUCCGUCUGCGUCAACGACUGUGGAAAGCCCUGCUUUGAACAGUAUGAACGCUACUCAACCAGCGGUGUUCCAAUAUCUUCAGUCCAGCGACGACACAGGCGAGAACUUUACGCCUACGCCCACAGAUCUUCAAGCCAUGCCCCCAUCAACCAUUGCCUCGUCGUCAUCCUCAUCAUCAGGCGACAUCCAGCACGACGAUGGACGGUCGUCUGUAGCAGCAGACUCACAACAUACUAUCGAUUCCCCCAUGACCUCACCAGCCUCAACACGAAGGUCUUUUAAGACAUCAUCACAUCUACCCAAUCAGGGAUUCCGCAAGUUUAAGAAGCCGUUAUACGCUAGUAGCUUCGUGCAUGGCCCUGGGGAAGAAGCUGAAACCAACCAGGAAGAAGGCAGCGACGAGAGUGGCAGUGGUUCAGAAAGCGAGGAAGAAGUGAACCAAAAGAACCAGGUACCCAACCAACAUCUGACAGGAACCAUUCCUCCUCGAGCUCCGUCGACAUCCUCUCGUCAAAGCGAUCCGCACGCCAGUCGUCUUAAACAGCAAGAGCGUGAACUAGCAAAUCACAUCCUCCAAGCUCCACAGCCGUAUCAAGACUACCAAUAUGGCGCGGAGCAACCCACCUACAACUACCCACCCAUGCCAAUGUACAGCCCGCAAGGCUACUCCGGUGCAUCUCCCGCGGCGGUGAAUGCAGCCGUCAGCUCACCACCUGGAUGGGCACCUAUGGCCUCGUUCCCAGCCCCACUAGCCAUUGGGUACGCGCCUCACCAAUCCCCAGAAAUGGCGCACGCGCAUCCCCUGUCGAUACGACCCCCUGACGGCAUGAAUAUGAUGCAGCACAUGCCCCCGCCCUUUCCCCCACACGCCGGACAGCCGCCGCUGUACCAACAACACGCGCCGUCUUCCAGUAGCCAAACCAGGCCGACGGUAGUAGGCUACGAACUGCUAGCCAACGAACUCAGCAGAUCGACAGAGUCACGUUCGUCGAGUGGCUCUCAUAGCCGGAAUGGGAAGAAGGGUCUCGUGCCCAUGUAUAGAAAGUUUGAGCAUUUGAAUCAUCGAGUUUUGUUGCAUUUGCAAGACGAGACUAGUGAAUUAGAAGAAGAACUACGGAACCUAGAUGAAUGCAUUGCCCAGAUUACACCGAGAGAUGCGGACGGGUAUGCGUAUCCUGCUUCCAGGCGGGGUGACGCGCGGUUCGGGGGUGAGAUGCACUUCAAGAGGACCGAACUCUUGGGAAGGAUUUACCAGAAGCUAGAGCAGUAUAACAAAGCAUUAUUAUCCUUUAGCAAGGUAUCGAAAAGUCUCGGGCAGGCUCCUGCGCAGGCUGUCCAAGACUACCGCGAGUGGAUGGACGAGCACGAUCCGGUCGAUGAGACGGAAUCAAGCUUCUUAGAGCAAGAUGAGGACCUGGUCACUAUUGGUCCCCGCAAGCCAGCAGUGUCUACGCCUACUACUACUGCUACUGCUACUAGUGUGGCAACGCCCACAGCCGGACAAGACGCACUUCAAUCAGCGCCACCGGCAAUUACCUUCCCACUACUCCUCAUACUACCCCUCGUGGCGUUUGCGAUAGUGCCUAGUCUGCUCGGACGGAUCAUUGUUAUCGGGCUGGCCGUUGGCAUGGAGGGGAAGAUCGUCAGGGAGACACCUCAGCUCAUGAGAUUGCUGUCUUUGCGUGAUUGGAGUAUAGCUGCUGUCGUGUAAGUUCCCUUCCUUUCAUUCUGUAAGGAUUCCAGCCCAAUGCAUUGUCGUGACGUCUGUCAUUGAACCCAAGCUCUAUGCGGACAAGGGAAGGAGCGCGUGGGUGCCACGACAGACGGCAUGGGUAGAUACCUCACCUCACCUCACCUCACCUCACAUUACGG